GCUAAACUUUUUGUACACUUGUUAUCAGAUUCGUUCAAAGACCUCGUCAUAAAGAAAAACCUGUUUCUUUUGGGAAAGGACAUAUGGAAUGAAAGCAAGGGUGUUCACGUCAAAAAGAAAAUGUUGGACACCAACGAGGUGGAGGUUAAAAAAGCCAGGCUGGCAAAGCAAACCAAGAUCAGAGAGAUAGCCAGAGACCAGAUAUUACAAAAACUGAAGAAUUCCCUUUCUCAGAGCAGGGCCCUAGACACACAAGAUCAACAAACCAGCUCUGAGGAUGAAGUUCCACAAUGUCUUCAAAAUGUAAAGCAAGCAAAAACUAAGAAGGCUGGCAGACCCCUGGCAUUCACUUCCAAUCAUCACAUCAGUUCUGAUGAGGCCACAAACAUAGCAAGCCCACUCCAUCCAGAUCAUCACACCAGUUCUGAUGAUGCUACAAACAUAGGGAGUCCUGAAAUGUUUCAGGCCAAUGACUCAGAUGAAGAGUGUGGUCUAACCUCAACCAAGAGAAAGAUAAAUGAUGCUAACACUGGGCCGAAAAUGCUGUCCCAGAUGGAUGAAGAAAUCAUGACAUCCCUUCGUGAGCUCCCAGAAAUGAUUAAAUUAAUGAAGGAGUGUGUGCAGUGUGUCCGGUCUUUGAUUCCCUCACCCGGUGGGACCCCCUCAUCAGGAAUGUCAUCUGCAUCUAGUACUGUGGUCAAUGAAAUUGAAAUGUACUGCUUGGCUGGAAGUGAAGUGAGUGUUCCGAAGAGGGCCUUCCAACGGCUGAACAGAUCUCGUAUGACCAUUUUUGCCCAGGAGCUGGCUGUUCUGGUGUUCACAAAGGACCUGCUCGCAGAGUCCACCCUGACAGGAAAAUCUGGGAGAGGGGGUCCCCCAAAAAAACAGCUGGAUGCUGAAAAAGUGCAGGCCAUAACAGAUGCUGUUCUUGCACAGUUUCCACACACAAGUGCAUCUGAUGUGCGAGCGGCCAUCAGGCGCAAGUGUAACAAUGAGCAAUUCAGCAAGAGAAAUUGAAGUUUGUGUGUUGUUCCAAAAUGUUUAAAUUUUAUGUUUGUUUUCUUUCAGCGUUCUUAAAAUUGUGCUUUUUGUACUGUUUUGCAAUGCUGUAAGGUUUAAAUAAACACUGUUUGAGUUGUU